AUGAAUCCGAUUUUGGAUCUGAUGAGUGACUAUGGCUGUGUUCUAUAUGGACAAUCUGGGGCCUACGGAAUGCUGAAGAGCUGGAGUGUGGAGAAGAUGCUUAUUAAGGAUCCAGCAAAGAAUUCGAAUUUGGAUAGAGAUAAAGGCUUAGUUUCUAAGAAUUCCUUUAAAUUGGAAGUUUCUGGUGGUACUUUCAGCAAUAGUGAAAUUACUGCGAAAAUGGUAUGGGGAAGACUACACUAG